GGGUCAGAUUUGUUCUACGAGGUUGGAGGCAGAGAAAAGCAUGGCCACAGUUUUUCCAUGGCGGCCUUCUCUUCUCUUCUCCCCUAUCAACGCCAGCACAAUGCCAUGCCGCCCCGCACCGCACUGACAGGUCGGUCCCACGGACGAUCUGCUCUCCACCAGCGCUCCUUAAAAAAACAGCGGCAGGCAGUGCUCCUUCCUUUGCAUCGCCGCUUCACUCCCACUUCGGCUUGCCUUUCGCUUUGCAUCGGGUUCUCUUCCGCUCGGGCGGUCCUGCUCCUCGGCUCCGUCCGUUCACCGGAAUGACGGCAGCGUGGAGGCAUCUCGCCAUCCUCCUCCUCGUCCUCACGCCGCGCCCGCCGGCGGCCGAGGCCGACGACGCGAACUCCACGGCGGCAGCGGCGUGCCCGCUCGACCUGGGCUACGUGGCCACGCUCCCGUGGGACCACGCGCCGUGCGCGCCGCCGGUGGCCAACAGGACCGCCUGCUGCAUGACGCUGCUCUCGGUGCUCGGGGUGGGCCUCGCGGCGCGAGUCCGCGCCACGGGCCGCUUCCGCCUCCCGUCCGCGGCGGCGUCGGCGGCCUGCCUCCGCGCCUUCUCCGCCGCGCUCGCGGCGCCGCCGCUGUCGCUGCCGGCGUCCCUCGUGCCGGGCUGCUUCCCGGUGCCGUCCCAGUUCGCCAUCACCCCGGACUACUGCGCCGGGGUCACCACCGCCGCGGAGUACGCCGAGGUCGCGGGCGCCGCGUCCGUCGCCGGGCUUAACGCUUCCUGCGGCGCCGACAUCACCUCGCUGUCGCUCUGCACGCGCUGCGUCAACGCAGGCAUCGGCGCGUCGGCUAGCCUCACCGCCGCCGCCGGCAACAGCUCAAAGUCCCAGAACUGCUUCUACCUCACCGUGCUCUACGCGGCCGGGAUCUCCAGCUCCGCCGGCCCAGACUCCCCCGCCACUGCAAGCUGCGCCCUCGGUCUCGCUCUCUCCAGCCCUCCCGCCAUGUCGUCGCCUACAUCCAGCUCCACCAACCACACCAACAUCGCAGUAGCCGCCACAAUCCCGAUUGCCACCGUCCUGCUUGUCUCCCUCGUAGCUCUGCUUCUCUGGAGGAAGAGGCGUCAAGAUAUUAAGAGGAGGAGCAUCCAAAUCUCAGAGUCGCGGCGGUCGCGCCCGCGGCCAAACACCGGCUCCGUGAUGUUCAACAUCUGCGAGCUGGCGAAGGCGACCGGCGGUUUCGCCGAACGUAACCUCAUCGGCCGCGGCGGGUUCGGCGUCGUGUACCGCGGCGUGCUCGCGGACGGCACCGUGGUCGCCGUCAAGAAGAUGCUCGAUCCGGACGUGGAGGGCGGGGACGAGGAAUUCACCAACGAGGUGGAGAUCAUCAGCCUCCUCCGGCACCGGAACCUGGUGCCGCUGCGCGGGUGCUGCAUUGCCGACGACGACCCCGACGAGGGCAAGCAGAUGUUCCUCGUGUACGACUACAUGCCCAAAGGCUCGCUGGAUCAGUACAUCUUCGCCGACGGCGAAGGCAGGCGGCGGCCGGCGUUCUCGUGGGCGCAGCGCAGGACCGUGAUCCUAGACGUGGCCAGGGGGCUCGAGUACCUGCACUACGGCGUCAAGCCGGGGAUCUACCACCGUGACAUCAAGGCGACGAACAUCCUCCUGGACGCUGACAUGCGCGCGUGCGUGGCGGACUUCGGCCUCGCCAGGCGGAGCCGCGAGGGCCAGUCGCACCUCACGACGCGCGUCGCCGGCACGCACGGCUACCUCUCGCCGGAGUACGCGCUCUACGGGCAGCUCACCGAGAAGAGCGACGUGUACAGCUUCGGCGUGCUGGUGCUCGAGGUCAUAAGCGGCCGCCGCGCGCUCGACCUGGCCGACCCGUCCGGCGUCGUGCUGAUCACCGACUGGGCGUGGACGCACGUGAAGGCCGGACGGCCGAGAGAGGUGCUCGCCGAGGCGCUGCGGAAGGAGUCGAGCAACGUCAUGGUGGCCAUGGAGAGGUUCGUGCUUGUCGGGAUCCUGUGCGCGCACGUCACGGUUGCGUGCCGCCCGACCAUGCCGGAGGCGCUGAGGAUGCUGGAGGGGGACAUCGACGUGCCCGACCUGCCGGACCGCCCGCAGCCGUUCGGCCAGAGGAUCGCGUUCGACGAAGGCGAAAGCAAUUUCAGCGCCUCGUCGAUUCUGAGCAGUCCAUUCGUGGAUUUCGGCGACAUGCUCAGGUGAUCCCCGACGGCGGCGGCGGUGAUGGAUGCGUGCGCAAGUUGCAAGGCGGCUGAAGUUUCAGGUCGCGGUCACACAUAUAUA